UAUUUCUGUAUGGCAAAUCAGUGGCUUAUAUGAAGUAAUGUUUUUUGAUGGGGUUUUCUGACCUGUUACUCAUGAGGGGAGAAAUGAGUUAAGGUGCCCGAAAGAGGAAGAAAAAGCAAGUCCUGCUUUGUUGCAAAACGAACAAAAGAAGAAGUGCGUUGCUUUCUAGUGUCAUGCAAGAAAAGCAGUUUGCUGCCCGUCGUCACACGGCGGUGCUCUGAAGGCAAGAUGGCAGGAGCUGUCCGCAGAGAGCCAGCAGAGUUCAGCAUGGACUACGUGAAUCUGCCUGAGCCUUCGGUUACAACGGCUGCUGGAGGAGGAGACAAGGGGAACCAUCCUGCACCAGGGACAAAGUUACUCAGGCUGGUUGGAGUUAGCUUUGGACUCCUUUGCAUCCUACAAGUUGCUGUCAACGUCUGUCUCCGCCUGACACUGUUCAAAUCCAACGGCCAGAUAUCACCAACAGGACACGCUUGCAUAAAUGAAACUGACAAGCAGAGUCAGCUGAUCGAGCGGUACAUCCAGCGGGGAUGGGUGCGUUUCCAUUCCAGUCUGUAUUACAUUUCUUUCGCCAGGAACACGUGGGAGCAGAGCAGACAGUUCUGUCUGCAGCGAGGCGCUGAUCUGGUGAUUAUAAACACCAAAGCAGAACAGGACUUCACAAGACAGUUCAACAGAUUCACGUGGCUCGGACUUCAUAAUGACACCAAGACGGGGAAGUGGACAUGGGUGGAUGGGACUCUGCUGACCGAUAGUUUCAAAUUCUGGGGGCCUGGAGAACCAAACAGUUACGAAGGCAAAAACGAAAACUGUGCGGAGAUACGGUUCUUUGAGCUGGAAGACAGCUGGAACAACAUACCGUGUGAAGACCAAAACUUCUGGAUCUGUGAGAAAGAGAAACACCGACCAUUUGAAGAAGUAAUUCCUGUAAGAAAUAAAUUGAGGCUGUUCAGUUUAUCCAAGAUGGCUCUGCAUGAAGAUCAACAUGAAAUGUCUGCUAUAUAUGAUAACAUCAACAAUCCUGUUUCCAGCAACGAUAUUCCAAAGAGCCUCUCAGGUGAAGACAGCAACGCCUCUUCUGCCACGUCCGGAGUUCAACUGUACAAAAUUGGCACAGUUGCCUUUGGACUUCUAGCUCUUCUUCUGCUCGGUCUUGUCAUUUUCCUUGCUUGCUAUAUGGAAGUGAGAAGUAGAAACUUUACAGAAGAGAGAAGUGAGCUCAAGAAGACACUGAAUGACUUAGUUUCAAAGCAGAAUUCCUUGACUGAAGAGAGAGACAAUUUGACGAGGAAAAACUCUGAUACUGAGGCCAGAUUAACAGCAAUCUCGCUGGAAAGAGAUGAGCAGAGGAAGAGCCUCAACAUUACAGAUUCCCAGCUUCGCUCAGUGACUGAAGAGAGAGACAGGUUGAAGGGGAAAAUUGUUCAACUAGGAUGGAGGAUUUUCAGAGGCAGUGCGUACUACAUUUCUUCUACAGAAAAGACUUGGCAGGAAAGCAGAACCUACUGUCAGUCUGUAGGUGCGGACCUGAUGAUUAUCAACAGCAAAGAAGAACAGGACUUUGCGAACAGUUUCCAGACGUACAUGUGGAUCGGCCUAACUGACUCAGAGACGGAGGGAAGAUGGAAAUGGGUGGAUGGGAGUCCACUGACCACAAGCUACUGGAGAGAUGGUGAGCCGAAUGGCAAGACAGUAGAAAACUGUGGUGAUAUAAAGACUUUCACUGCAGAGAGAAGCUGGAAUGAUGAAAACUGUUCUCACUCACUUAAAUGGAUUUGUGAAAUGAAGCUUUCCUAAUAGUAGUGCUUGCUGUCGCUCUUAUUGUGACAAAAGGUUAGCUUUCGGUUACGCGGCUGCAGCAUGUUUUAGAUUCCCUCAUUGUGUUAAACUAAUUCUCAUUACAUUAUGUUUUUUUAAUCAAUGUCCUUCUUUUCAAAGUGCUGAUAUUUAUUUCUUCCUGCUCAGGUCAGUUUUAUACUAAAAACAGAUUUGGUCAGAAAGGUUUUAACAAUAUUAAAAUAAGCCAAAAAAUACGGAAAAAAAUACAGGACAAUUCAGUAAUUACGAGUAUGUUUCCCCAAAAGAAUAAAAAGUGUAAGAAGUGUGAAGAAUCAUUCAUUCUCUUUUUUUUUUUUUGCUCUGAACUCGACCAACAAAAGUUACAAUAGCAGUUGUAUCCCAUCAUUUGAAAAACUCUCACCAAUUUAUGUCAAUUUACGUUUUGAAAGUUCAGUCAAAGGAGAAAGAAAACGUGUAUUGAAAAGUGUUUUUAAGUUUUACCGUCAUAACACUAAGUAGAAGGUUUCUCUGAACCAACUCAAGCUACAAUCCUGAUUUCAGAAUUAUAGCUUGAGCAGAACUAAUGUAAUUAGCUGCAACAAAUGAGUAAUGUUUUUAAGUUGGUUCGAAGAAACAUUUUUUCCAGUGCAGGAUGUCCUUGAGUUAAGCAAUUAAAAGCUAAAUAAAGUACAGUGCUUUUAAA